AUGGCGAUCCGAUCCUGUGCAUUACUUUUCAAAUUCCAGCAGCUUGGACGACAACCACGACGUUGGUUUAAAUCUACCCAAACGAUGGCGAUGGCCUACAUACAUAUCGCCGUUACCGUGGUAAUUUUUGUGGAAUGUACCAUCAUUCGCACUAUUCAACGCGUCUUCGGAGCACUUGCUAACUGGGAUCCGCAGUUACCGUUAUACGCCACUUUCAUAACCGCAACCAGGGCCUAA